UGAUUUGUUGAAGUGCAAGGUUCUGGAAAUAUUGGCUCGCUAUCAUAUUAAGCUCGAGCAAAUAUUUUCAAUUACAGUGGAUAACGGUGCGAAUAUGCUCGCAUGCAUACGGAAACUGAAAGAUGAAUUUGAAUCAUCCAUCGCUUCGAUGGAGUUAGAGGAACCGGAAGGAAACACUCUGCAAAUCGCUGAUGAAAUUGUUGAGAAAUUGACGAAUGAAUUCCACGACCAUGCCCGCGAAAACCUGAACAUGAUUAGAUGUGCUGUACAUACCUUGCAACUUGCUAUUCUCGAUGUGAUCAACAAGAGGAAUGAAAUGGUGAAGCAAGUGACCGAAAUCGCAAAGCGUUGUAAAAACAUAAAAUACAAGACCAGUUUCGACUACCAUCAAGCUACAUACCCCCCUGUGUGGUGCCAAACAAGGUGGGGCGGAAUUUACAAAAUGCUUGAUUCCUUCCUUGAGCAAAAGCCGUUCUUCACGCAGUUGGGCCAAGAGUUUCCUGAACAAGAUCUUUCAUCAAGCUGGGAAUUUAUUCAACAAUACGUCGAAGCCUUCAAACCAUGCUAUAUAUGUACUAAAAAGUUGCAAGAAGCUCACGUUUCUCUAAGCGACUUCUAUAUGGAGUGGUUGAUGACGAUUUGCUCAGUGAGAAAAUUAGAGAACAACCCGUUCUCACAUGAGCUGACUGAAGCUUUGACAAAUCGUUUAACUAAUCUGCGCUGCUCCAUGGCAUUUAAGAUGGCCCUGUAUCUGGACCCCCGCUUCAACUAUCAAAAUUCAAAGAUUUUCACGAAUGAAGAAAAAGAUCAAAUACAGGUAUGAACCAUUCGCUAAGAGAUCAGAUUAAAAAGCUUAUGUGCAAAAUCACUUUUUUUUCCUAUCGCAGAGGUUCAUUACCCAAACAUGGAGCAGAAUCAAACAGCUGGAUCCUCAACAUAAUGAUGAACAAACAUGUUCAGCCAGCACUGUCAUAACCAACAACGAGAAGGAUGAUUUUAUCACGGAAAUGUUUGGGGGAUCACUGAUCGGAUCCAAUACAUCGAGUGCAACAUUCCAACAACAGCUGAAAGCACUCGAGGCAGAACAACGACAGAGCAUCAGCUAUAAUGUUUGGGAACAUUGGAUGAAACGGAAGACAAGCCACCCAGAGUUGUCAGCAGUUGCUUCUGUGGUAUUGGCAGUACCUGCUACCCAAUCUAUGGUUGAAAGAGCAUUCAGUGCUUUAGGAUUGGUUCUCUCGCCUCAUCGUUCAACAUUGGGUGAGGAUACGUUGGAGAACAUUCUACUGGUAAAGUUGAACAAAGAUGUUUACGAACAAAUCGCUGCCACCAUGUACGACUGGAAAGCAAAUCUGGAAAAGUAAAAGGCUUUGCAUACUCCGAAUGUUUUACAUUUAACUCUGACGAUGUACCAUCAAUGCAACACAAUAUACUUAAUAAAUCAUUUCUUUCGAUUCCAUUUAUCGCUACUCAUCCAAAUCCAAGUCUCAACCAAACUUUUUAGGGUGCAAAAUGUAUGGUAUGAUUUUUUACUCUAAAUGGGUCG